AUGACUUCUCCUCGAGAUGAAUCCCGCGUCGAUACGACUCUCCAUGAUGCCUGCAGGCUCGGGAACUUCGACAAGGUGAGACAACUUCUGUUUGAGGGUCGAGUUGACAUCAACAGCAGACACCGCGGAAGGACACCGGUAAUGAAGGCAGCGUACAAGGGGCAUAAAGACGUGAUGGACUUACUUGUGAGUAACGGCAGCGACGUGACACUGGUCGAUGGAGACGGUAACAACAUCCUUCACGUGGCUUGUUUGGGUGGGCAUGUGAACAUAGUGAAGUAUGUCCUUAAGAAGGACUUUGUGGGCGUCAACAGCAGAGGACAUGACGGAAGAACGCCAUUGAUGGUGGCAGCAAGGAAUGGACAUAAAGAGGUGUUUGACUUGCUUGUGAGAAAAGGAUGUGAUGUGUCACUUGUGGAUGAUGAGGGCAACAGCAUCCUUCAUCUGGCCUGUAUCGGGCGGCACAUGACGAUAGUGAAAGACAUCCUCUCACACGACAUCGUGGACGUCAACAGUAGAGGGCAACGCGGAAGAACGCCACUGAUGUUGGCAGCAAUGAAGGGGCAUAACGAAGUGUUUGAUUUGCUUGUGAAUAAAGGAAGUGUUGUGGCUUUAGUGGAUGAUGACGGUAACAACAUACUUCAUCUGGCAUGUUUGGGAAGAAAUGUGAAAAUAGUGAAUUUUGUCGUCUCCAAGAAUAUUGUGGACGUCAACAGUAGGGGAGAGGACGGGAGGACCCCGGUGAUGCUGGCAGCAAUGAAUGGACACCGAGACGUCAUGGACCUGCUUGUGAGUUCAGGUGGCAGUGUGGGACUGGAGGAUAACCAUGGUAACAACAUCCUCCAUGUGGCCUGUAUUGGAGGACUGUUAGAGAUGGUAAAGUAUGUCCUCUCACAUGACAUUGCGGACAUCAACAGUCGAGGACAGCGUGGGAUGACCCCAGCCAUGUUGGCAUCAUGUUUUGAACAUGAAGACGUUUUUCACUUACUAGUGAGUAAAGGAGGUAGAAAGGAUAUGUAAGAUUAAAGUGAUACAUGCUGACACAACAAGAGGUGAUAAAAUUUGUCCGACAAUGACUCAAGGGUCUUCGACCAUUGCCACAAUAUUGUGUGGUUCAUCCAAGGUACAUGAUACCAACAGAGGACAGAACAGCAGGCUUGUAUUGAGGGCGUGAACUGAUGUGUGUGGUUCAUCAAGGUACAUGAUACCAACAGAGGACAGACAAGUGGCUUGUAUUGAUGGCGUGAACUGAUGUGUUUGGUUCAUCCAAGGUAUACACCAACAGAGGACAGAACAGCAGGCUUGUAUUGAGGGCGUGAACUGAUGUGUGUGGUUCAUCAAGGUACAUGAUACCAACAGAGGACAGACAAGCGGCUUGUAUUGAUGGCGUGAACUGAUGUGUGUGGUUCAUCCAAGGUAUACACCAACAGAGGACAGAACAGUGGCUUGUAUUUAUGGCGUGAACUGAUGUGUGUGGUUCAUCCAAGGUAUACACCAACAGAGGACAGAACAGUGGCUUGUAUUGAUGGCGUGAACUGAGGUGUGUGUUGUUCAUCCAAGGUAUACACCAACAGAGGACAGAACAGUGGCUUGUAUUGAUGGCGUGAACUGAUGUGUGUGGUUCAUCAAGGUACAUGAUACCAACAGAGGACAGACAAGCGGCUUGUAUUGAUGGCGUGAACUGAUGUGUGUGGUUCAUCCAAGGUAUACACCAACAGAGGACAGAACAGUGGCUUGUAUUUAUGGCGUGAACUGAUGUGUGUGGUUCAUCCAAGGUAUAUACCAACAGAGGACAGAACAGUGGCUUGUAUUGAUGGCGUGAACUGAGGUGUGUGUUGUUCAUCCAAGGUAUACACCAACAGAGGACAGAACAGUGGCUUGUAUUGAUGGUGUGAACUGAUGUGUGUGGUUCAUCCAAGGUAUAUACCAACAGAGGACAGAACAGUGGCUUGUAUUGAUGGUGUGAACUGAUGUGUGUGGUUAAUCCAAGGUAUAUACCAACAGAGGACAGAACAGUGGCUUGUAUUGAUGGCGUGAACUGAUGUGUGUGGUUCAUCCAAGGAUAUACCAACAGAGGACAGAACAGUGGCUUGUAUUGAUGGCAUGAACUGAUGUGUGUGGUUCAUCCAAGGUAUACACCAACAGAGGACAGAACAGUGGCAUGUAUUGAUGGCGUGAACUGGUGUGUGUGGUUCAUCCAAGGUACAUGAUACCAACAUAGGACAGAACAGUGGCUUGUAUUGAUGGCGUGAACUGAUGUGUGUGCUUCAUCCAAGGUAUAUACCAACAGAGGACAGAACACUGGCUUGUAUUGAUGGCAUGAACUGAUGUGUGUGGUUCAUCCAAGGUAUACACCAACAGAGGACAGAACAGUGGCAUGUAUUGAUGGCGUGAACUGGUGUGUGUGGUUCAUCCAAGGAACAUGAUACCAACAGAGGACAGAACAGUGGCUUGUAUUGAUGGCGUGAACUGAUGUGUGUGGUUCAUCCAAGGUAUAUACCAACAGACGACAGAGCAGUGGCUUGUAUUGAUGACAUGAACUGAUGUGUGUGGUUCAUCCAAGGUAUACACCAACAGAGGACACAACAGUGGCUUGUAUUGAUGGCGUGAACUGAUGUGUGUGAUUCAUCCAAGGAACAUGAUACCAACAGAGGACAGAACAGUGGCUUGUAUUGAUGGCAUGAACUGAUGUGUGUGGUUCAUCCAAGGUAUAUACCAACAGAGGACAGAACAGCAGGCUUGUAUUUAUGACGUGAAGUGAUGUGUGUGGUUCAUCCAAGAUACUUGAUCCCAACAUAGGACAGAACAGUGGCUUGUAUUGAUGGCAUGAACUGAUGUGUGUGGUUCAUCCAAGGUACAUGAUGGCGUGAACAUGAACAGCGGCUUGUAUUGAUGGCGUGAACUGAUGUGUGUGGUUCAUCCAAGGUAUACACCAACAGAGGACAGAACAGCGGCUUGUAUUGAUGGCGUGAACUCAUUUGUGUGCUUCAUCCAAGGUACAUGAUACCAACAGAGGACAGAAUAGUGGCUUGUAUUGAUGGCGUGAACUGAUGUGUGUGCUUCAUCCAAGGUAUAUACCAACAGAGGACAGAACACUGGCUUGUAUUGAUGGCGUGAACUGAUGUGUUUGGUUUAUCCAAGGUAUACACCAACAGAGGACAGAGCAGUGGCUUGUAUUGAUGGCGUGAACUGAUGUGUGUGGUUCAUCCAAGGUAUACACCAACAGAGGACAGAACACUUGCUUGUAUUGAUGGCAUGAACUGAUGUGUGUGGUUCAUCCAAGGUAUACACCAACAGACGACAGAACAGUGGCUUGUAUUGAUGGCAUGAACUGAUGUGUGUGGUUCAUCCAAGGUAUACACCAACAGAGGACAGAACACUUGCUUGUAUUGAUGGCGUGAACUGAUGUGUGUGAUUCAUCCAAGGUAUACACCAACAGAGGACAGAACAGUGGCUUGUAUUGAUGGCAUGAACUGAUGUGUGUGGUUCAUCCAAGGUAUACACCAACAGAGGACAGAACACUUGCUUGUAUUGAUGGCAUGAACUGAUGUGUGUGGUUCAUCCAAGGUAUAUACCAACAGACGACAGAGCAGUGGCUUGUAUUGAUGGCGUGAACUGAGGUGUGUGUUGUUCAUCCAAGGUAUACACCAACAGAGCACAGAACAGUGGCUUGUAUUGAUGGCGUGAACUGAUGUGUGUGAUUCAUCAAGGUACAUGAUACCAACAGAGGACAGAACAGCGGCUUGUAUUGAUGGCGUGAACUGAUGUGUGUGGUUCAUCCAAGGUAUAUACCAACAGAGGACAGAACAGCGCUUGUAUUGAUGGUGUGAACUGAUGUGUGUGCUUCAUCCAAGGUACAUGAUACCAACAGAGGACAGAACAGUGGCUUGUAUUGAUGGUGUGAACUGAUGUGUGUGCUUCAUCCAAGGUACAUGAUACCAACAGAGGACAGAACAGUGGCUUGUAUUGAUGGUGUGAACUGAUGUGUGUGCUUCAUCCAAGGUACAUGAUACCAACAGAGGACAGAACAGUGGCUUGUAUUGAUGGUGUGAACUGAUGUGUGUGCUUCAUCCAAGGUACAUGAUACCAACAGAGGACAGAACAGCGGCUUGUAUUGAUGGCGUGAACUGAUGUGUGUGCUUCAUCCAAGGUACAUGAUACCAACAGAGGACAGAACAGUGGCUUGUAUUGAUGGUGUGAACUGAUGUGUGUGGUUCAUCAAAGGUAUAAACCAACAGAGGACAGAACAGCGGCUUGUAUUGAUGGCGUGAACUGAUGGGUGUUCUUUAUCCAAGGUACAUGAUACCAACAGAGUAUAGACUAGUGGCUUGUAUUGAUGGUGUAAACUGAUGUGUGUGGUUCAU